GGCGGGGGGAGGGUAGUGUAAAUAGAUGAGUGUUACUUAUAUGUGGUCAUGAAGUCUGGAGUAUCACUCAAUAGUGAAUUUCUGGAGUGGACAUAAUCAAAAUGUUUUAUAGAUUGCUUUGUUUGUGUUGGGCUGCGACUUGUAUAUUAGCAGCACCAUCCCCUAAAAGGGCAGCUUCACAACAAUCGGAACCUACUGUAAUACCAAUAGUUUCACAGUCUGAUGAAUUGGAAGAGAAUGGAACAUACAGAUUCAGCUACGAGACCGGUAAUGGUAUAAAACGCGAAGAAGUUUCCUACGACAAAGUUCUUCCUAAAGCUAAGGGACGUUCCUCCAGCAGCAACGAAGGUGGUGAAAGUAAUGAGAGUGAUGAGAGUAACGAGAUUCAUGUACAGAAAGGUUCUUAUUCUUAUACAGCACCCGACGGUACUGUCAUCACUGUAAGAUAUAUUGCCGACGAGAAUGGUUUUCGACCAAUUGGAGAACAUAUACCAAGAAUUCCUCAAGCAACAUCAGAUAGUGGUAAUAGCCGUGAAAAAACUGGAAGAGCUCUAAAUCAUCAUUUGAAUGGCCAAUCAAAACCUGCACCGGCAAUUAGUGCACGAUCAAGUGGUCAAAAUCAGAGAAAAUCAACAUCAUCUACUCCCUCUUCAAGUUCACCAGAGUCAAAAACCACACCCGUAACUGGCGUAACUACAGCACCUGCAUCUUCUAAGGGUAAUGAUACAAAUAGUGCAAAUAAAACAAGUACUAAUUCAGGUGAAAGUAGUACGACUGAAGCUCUUGAUUUAUCAACAGAAGCCUCAACAAUUGCUUCAGACAAUUCUACAACAACAACAGCAGGUGAACAAACUACACCUUCUGAAUCAUCUACUACAAACGCUUCAGAAUUAAUUUCAACUACUACAGCGACGACGUCACCUACAGAUGGAUCUACUACCACUACUGAAGCAGGAUCGACGGAAUCUUCUGGUACUGGUUCUACAGCGGUCUCAGAGUCUACAACGACAGCGGCUACGGAAACAAUUUCAACGACUGUUGCUGAAAAUACAUCAACAGCAGCAGAUCAUUCGAAUCCAUCUGAAUCAGAAUCAUCGACUACAGAAUUAUCUACUACUACUACUACCGUUGCUGCUUGAUGAUAGUAUAGACAAUAUUAAUUUAAUGUGUUGACAUAAGUAAUGAAUUGGUGCCAUUGUUUUUGAUAGGAUAUUUAAUUAUAAAAUAAUCGCCAUUAAUAUAGUUUUUUUUAUGUAUAUCCGAUAGUGCUCUAUAGAAAA